AUGGAUAGUGGUAACGACACUGAAACUCAUAGUACUCCAUCAGAAUCAGCAGCUUCUACAUCACUUCUUCCACUUCCACCAUCUAGUUUAGGGAAAAGAAAACCAUCUAGGAAACCAUCCAUGGUGUGGGAUCAUUAUGAGAAAAUGGAGAAUUCAGAUCCUGAUAAUCCUAGAUGUAAAUGCAAAUAUUGUGGUGUGGACUAUGCUUGUAAUAGUAAAUAUGGGACAAGUACUUUGUUGAAUCAUUUAAAUCAUCAUUGUAAGAAGUACCCUUAUAGAGUGCAAGAUAAAAAGCAAAAAAUCUUAACUUUUGGGGCCCAAAAUGAGAGUGAUGGGAGCAAUCUUUUGGCUGUUGGUUUUAAUAAGGAAGCAUGUAGGCUUGCAUGUGCUAAAAUGAUAAUCUUAGAUGAGCUCCCAUUUAGUUUUGUUGAAGGUCGUGGUUUUAGAAUGUUUUGCAAUGUAGCAUGUCCUAAAUUUGAUCCUCCGUCUCGAAGAACGAUUGUUAGAUAUAUUUAUGCAUUGUAUUUGGAUGAGAAGUUGCAAUUGAAAAAUACAUUUUCUUUGAAUUGCCAAAGAAUUAGUCUUACCACCGACACUUGGACUUCCAUUCAAAAUAUCAAUUACAUGUCUCUCACCGCACAUUAUAUUGAUUCUAAUUGGAUGCUUCACAAACGGAUUUUAAAUUUUUGUGUGAUUCCUAAUCAUAAAGGAGAGACAAUAGGGAAGCUAAUUGGGAAUUGUUUGUAUGAAUGGGGUAUUGAGAGGGUGUUUACAAUCACAGUUGAUAAUGCUUCUGCAAACAAUGUGGCAAUAGAGUAUAUUAAAAGGAAAUUGAAUAAUUGGAAAGGGUGUGUAUUGGAUGGUGAUCACUUACACAUGAGAUGUUGUGCACAUAUUGUUAAUUUGAUUGUGUCUGAAGGGUUAAGGGAAGCACAUGACUCUAUUGCUAGUAUUCGUAAUGCAGUGAGAUAUGUUAGAUCUUCUCCUGCUAGAUUACAAAAGUUUAAGGAAUAUGCUGCUCAAGAGAAAAUUGAGAGCAAUUCUCUUGUGUUUUUGGAUGUUCCAACUAGGUGGAAUUCCACCUACUUAAUGUUAGAAGCAGCUUUGAAAUUCCAAAAAGCUUUUGAAAGGUUGGAAGAGGAUGAUGGUCAUUAUCUAUCCUAUUUUAGAGAGGACGAUGGUGGUAGAAAAAGACUUGGACCACCUAAUUUUGUUGAUUGGAACAAUGCUCUUAUUUUUGUGAAGUUCUUUAAAAGCUUUUAUGAUGUAACUUUAAAGUUUAGUUCUUCACUGCAUGUUAGUUCCAAUGCUUAUUUUCAUGAAAUUUGUUCAAUUCAAUCUCAAUUAGAUGCAUGGAGUUUAAGUGGUGAUUAUCUUUUAAGUGAUAUGGCAACUAAAAUGAAGAGAAAGUUUGAUAAAUAUUGGGGUAAAAUGGAUGAUAUUAAUCCAUUGUUGUUGAUUGCUGCUGUGCUUGAUCCUAGAUAUAAAUUGGACUAUGUGGAGUAUUGUUUUGGUGAUAUUUAUGCUGAAGAUGUUGCUGGUUUGAUGACUAAGAAUUUGAAAGAAAUUCUAAUGUCUUUGUAUGAUUGGUAUAAGAAAAAGGCAGCAAAGGAAUCUAUUGAGAUUAAAAAUGAAGUGGAUAGGUACCUAUUGGAUCCUUGUGAAGAUAUAUCAAAGAAGGAUUUUGAUGUUCUUAAUUGGUGGAGGGUUAAUGGUACUAAGUAUCCUAUCUUGUCCAAACUUGCAAAGGAUGUGUUUGCAAUCCAAGUCUCUACCGUGGCUUCUGAAAGUGCGUUUAGCACCGGUGGAAGGAUUCUUGAUCCCUUUCGAAGUUCUUUAACCCCUAAGAUGGUGGAAGUUUUAGUGUGCACCCAAAAUUGGCUUAAAGCUUUUUCGGUUAUUGAUAGAUUCUAUAUGGAAGAUGUGGAAUAUUAUGACAAAUUGGAUGCAGCGUGGAAGAAACUGGCAACUUAUUUUGCCAAGCCUUCCUGGUUCCAUAUAAGAGACUUCGAGAACGUCUCAUUCAAGCUUAAGGGGCAUCGAAUAAUAACUGAGUAUCUUCUUGAUACUAGAAUCGAUGCUAAUGAAUUAGCAUUACUCCGUUUACCUGUUACAAAUGAAGAUCUUAUUCUCUACGUUCUAAAUGGCUUAUCAUCUAAUUUCAAAGAUAAUUCUACUGCUUUUUGUACAAGAGAAUCUGCUGUUUCGUUUGAUGAUCUUCAUGAGCAUUUGAUCGAGUAUGAUUCUUAUUUCAAACGACUUUCCAUAUCGUCUAUCACAACUCCCAUAAUAGUGCAUGUGGCAAACUAG